AGAUGAAUUCAAAAUAACGCGGGAUCCUAAACGUCAACGUCCGUUCAAAUGGGUGGCUAAGCUAUUUUUACCCCAAUUUCAAGCGUGAGACGCUGCGUCUUAAACUUACUAUUUUUGGGUACUGACUGUCAAAAAUUAGUCACUUGCUUCGCCCCCGAUUUAUCGUGAGCACAUUGCCAGGAAAAGCAAGUAAGCUCAGGUAAGCAAGCGGCAUGUCCGUCGAGAUGGAUUCGACGGAGAACUUGUCUCCUCGGGUUCUUCUCCGACAUAUUCUCAGGACCGAGCCACUCAGGACUCCAGUCACCCGCAGUGUUUCCAAAGAGCAGAGGUGCUCAUUAACUCGCAGCACCAGAACGAGAGCCAAAGAUGGACCUGCACGAACCCCGCAGGACAUCAUAAGGCGCAGUAUGAGGCAUAAGAUGCGUGAGAGCAUAUCCAGGCAAUCUCUGCCACCGACAAAAAGAUCUGCCUCCGUCCGGUUGAAAACGGCAAUCACAUCGGCCUCGUCCUCCAUGUCAUUUGACGAGGCAGACACGCCAAGGCACCUUCUCUUGAAGAUCCUCCAGACAGAACCAACCAAGUCACCUGUGGUUCAUGAUGAAGCUGCGCCAAUGAAGCCGCAGCUGCCUUCAGCGGACUCCAGCAUUGCCAGCGAGCAUCCAAGCAUUGAGCUGUCUGGCUUGGACCUGCCCAAUUUAACGUCCAACAUGGCAGCGAGCUUGGCAAAAGGAUUGAAGAGGAAGAGACCACAUCGCAGCUUCAGCGUAACCGCCUUUGAAGAGCGCCUCAAACAUGAUGAUGAUGCUGAAAAUGAAGAGGACAAAUCGACGCGAGGCGAUUUCUCGCUUUCGUUGUCAAACUCCUCUUCGCUGAGUCUAAAAACGCCCUUUGUGAAUGAUCAGUCCGAGAGAAAAGGCCUGCGGAGGAGAAUAUCUUCCCGUCAAAUAAUCACUGAACAUGAGUUUGGUGAUGCCGUAAAUAAGAUGCAUUUAGAUCACGGAGCGAGCGGUUCUAUGCAGGGGGAGCCCGGCCUCGGUGAGACCAUCACUCUGGGUCUGAGCGAGUUGGGUGACCUGGAAGUUACCGCUGACAUUAUCCACUGCAACACCGCCCUCUAUGCCAAGCCUGACGCCACCGCCGCCCCCGACCUCUCCACGGUCGCCACGCAGGACAAGGCCACGGUCCUGGCGUCUCAGCUUCAGAGGGUGUCGGAGCAGGAUGGGCAGAAAGAGCCCGACGCCGGGCCUCAACUCCCGGAGGUGUCUGAGAGCCAGGCGAGGAGGGCCACCGCCAAUUAUGAAGACCAAGCGGCGACUUCCCAAUCUGAGGGUGAUGCAGCCGCAUUGGAACCUGAGGAAGAAGACAACAAGGAAGGGGAAGUGGAAGGGAUCGCUCUGGAUUCUCAAACUGAAGAAACGGAGCAUGAAGAAGCAUCUGCAGAAGAGGGGGAGGCCGCCAUGACAUCUGAAGAGGAGGAGGCUGGCGUUGACUCGGAAACCGAAGGCGUGGUUGAUUCUCAGACUGAAGAGCAGGUCGCUGCCCCCUCUCGGUCUGAGGAAAGCGACGCGGCCGAAGUGGAGAAUGACAGGCAGCGGCAGCAGGAGGAAGAUGAAGCUGAUGAAGAGGAGGAGGAAAGAGAUCAUGAUGUGCAACACAAGGAACGGCGAGCUCAUCGAUCCGAGGGCGCACUUGUCGUGCCUGUUGCAGAGGAUGAGGCCAUGGAGCCUGGCAGCUCAGAGGUCAAGAACCGAACCCAUCCAGCCAGCGAUUCCCACAGCCUUGAAAGCGGUCGAGACACGGACCAGGAAUCGUCAAGCCCUGCGCAGGAAGGCGCUGGUGACGUGAACUCUUUUCAUCUUCUGGAGGUGAGCAACGGCGACGAAAACCGCAAACAGCCCGAUGAGGGGCCCCCUGCUGAGGACGCGGAGCCCACCGAAUAUGGGGACGAGUUGGAGGAGGAAGACUGCGAUGAGGAAGACGACCAAAAAUCCAAAGCAGACAUGAAGACUCCGGCAUUCGUUCACGAGAAAAGGAAGACUUUUGAACUCCCAUAUCCGACUGCGCCCACCAUAUUGAAGCCUCAAGCCAGUACUUCUACUGAAGAUCUACCACCAGCCAAACCAAAACGAGCGAGAAAGCGGAGAAGUGGCGCGGCGGCGCAGAACGGCGUUGGCCUUCCCAAGAGCUACCUUAUGAGCACGUUUCGCCACUUUGCCAAAACCAGGGUCUCUGCGGAUGUUUACCCUGUCUUAAGGGACGCAAUGGAGAAAUUCCUUGAUCGGAUGGCGGAGGACCUGGAAACGUUUGCCAAUCACGCCGCGAGAAAAACCAUUGAGGUGGAAGAUGCCGUUCUGCUGUUGAAAAGGCAGCGUCAUGUCAACAACAAAGUGCCAGUGGAAGUGCUGAUUGAAAAAUACCUUCGCAUGGAGCAGCGCAAGCUCCUCAUCCCCGUAGCAAGCAGCGGGAACGUCGUCGUCCCCAAAAUGAAGAGAUGAAUUAUCAACAUUGAGGGUGAUUUCUGUUCAAUAAAACUAA